GUCACGUGACGUGACGUGUAGCUAGCAUGGCGGCGCUACAGCUGAGCUAGCAGCCCUGCUGGACGGACAACCACAACCCGGCUCCUGCUCGCUUCCCCGGCGCCAGGCGGAGCAUGGCGGCCUGAGGAGAGCGGAGGUUACCGAGCGAGAGAUGCAGGAGCAGCGGCGGUCAGAGAACAGCAGAACCAAGAGCAUGUUUCUGUCCAGGGCGCUGGAGAAAAUCCUGUCCGACAAGGAGGUGAAGAGGAGCCAGCACAGCCAGCUGCGGACAGCCUGCCAGGUGGCGCUGGAUGAAAUCAAGGAGGAGUUGGAACGACAGAAGGACGGCACCGUCGUUCCCCCCAAAGCCAACUACGUGGAAGCUGAUAAAUAUGUGCUGCCCUUCGAGCUGGCGUGUCAGUCCAAGUCGCCCCGGAUCGUCAGCACCUCGUUGGACUGUCUGCAGAAGCUGAUAGCAUACGGUCACAUCACCGGCAACGCCCCCGACAGCAAAACGCCGGGUAAGAGGCUCAUCGACCGGCUGGUGGAAACCAUCUGCAACUGCUUCCAGGGUCCACAGACGGACGAGGGAGUCCAGCUCCAGAUCAUCAAGGCUCUGCUGACAGCAGUGACCUCCCCGCACAUAGAGAUCCACGAGGGCACGGUGCUGCUCACCGUCAGGACCUGUUACAACAUCUACCUGGCCAGCCGCAACCUCAUCAACCAGACCACAGCCAAGGCCACCCUCACUCAGAUGCUCAAUGUCAUCUUCACGCGCAUGGAGACCCAGGCUGCCCUGGAGGCCCAGGAGCAGGAGAAGCAGCAGCUACGUCUGCCCCAUCAGAACCCGUCCCCGAACCCAGGCGGAAGGAGGACUCCUACCCCAGAGCCUCAGAGCUCUCCAUCCCCUAGAGUCAGAACUCCAGACCUCACCAUCAGCAGCGACGCCGCUCGCUCUACAGCCCCACCGCCAGGCGCUGAGUUGGACCAGGACACGCACUCUGUUAAUGGAGAACCUGAAGAUGGAGGCUCUGAACAGGUCACACCGUCUAGAGAUUCAGUGUUUGAGGAUGAAGCUGUAGAGAAGCAUCCCAUAGCAGCGGAGGAAGGCACCGGCUCAAACCUGGAAGAGUUGGCGGAGGGCGAGGGAGAGCCGGAGACCCACGGUGGAGAAGGUGUUGAUCGCCCAGGUUCCUCUGCUUCUGAUCAGACGGAGGUAGCUCCCCCUAGAGGCAGAACCGAGGCUCAGCAGAUGAACGGCAUCAUUGAGGACCGCUCCUCCAUUUCCUCUGCUGACAUCCUGGAUGCUGAGGCUCUGCAGGGACCCAACAAUGCAGCUCGCUUCUCUCACAUCCUGCAGAAAGAUGCCUUUCUGGUGUUCCGCUCUCUGUGCAAACUCUCCAUGAAGCCACUGGCCGAUGGACCUCCUGACCACAAAUCCCAUGAGCUGCGCUCUAAAAUCGUCUCCCUGCAGCUGCUGCUCUCCGUGCUGCAGGGGGCUGGCCCGGUCUUUCGUACCCAUGAGAUGUUUGUAAACGCCAUCAAGCAGUACCUGUGUGUGGCUUUGUCUAAAAACGGCGUCUCCUCCGUGCCUGAGGUGUUCGAGCUCUCGCUAGCUAUCUUCCUAACUCUGCUAUCCCACUUCAAGGUCCACCUGAAGAUGCAGAUUGAGGUUUUUUUUCGGGAGAUCUUUCUCACCAUCUUGGAGACAUCAACCAGCUCCUUCGAGCACAAGUGGAUGGUUAUUCAGACCCUGACCCGCAUCUGUGCAGAUGCCCAGUGUGUGGUGGACAUAUAUGUGAACUAUGACUGCGACCUGAACGCCGCCAACAUCUUUGAGCGUCUGGUCAACGACCUGUCUAAGAUCGCUCAGGGCCGCAGCGGCCAGGAGCUGGGGAUGACUCCUCUGCAGGAGCUGAGCCUACGUAAGAAGGGGCUGGAGUGUCUGGUGUCCAUUCUCAAAUGUAUGGUGGAGUGGAGCAAAGACAUGUACGUGAAUCCGAACCUUCAGGCCAACCUGGGUCAGGAGCAUCAACCAGACUCUGAGGGAGGAGAGCUGAAGCUCCCAGAGCAGACGACGGGACGGCGAGACAGCAUCAGCUCGCUGGACUCCAACUACUCCAGCAUGGCGGCGUCUCAGGCCGACCACCCAGAGCAGUAUGAGGUGAUCAAGCAGCAGAAGGACAUCAUCGAGCACGGCAUCGAACUGUUCAACAAGAAGCCCAAGCGUGGGAUCCAGUACCUGCAGGACCAGGGCAUGCUGGGAUCCUCGGCGGAGGACAUCGCCCAGUUCCUGCACCAGGAGGACCGACUGGACACAACGCAGGUGGGCGAGUUCCUGGGGGAGAACACCAAGUUCAACAAAGAGGUGAUGUACUGCUACGUGGACCAGCUGGACUUCUGUGGGCGGGACUUUGUUUCCGCUCUGAGGAUUUUCCUGGAAGGCUUCAGGCUGCCGGGGGAGGCCCAGAAGAUCGACAGGCUCAUGGAGAAGUUUGCUGCACGCUACCUGGAAUGUAACCAAGGGCAAACCCUGUUUGCCAGCGCAGACACUGCUUAUGUUCUGGCAUAUUCCAUCAUCAUGCUGACCACUGACCUGCACAGUCCUCAGGUGAAGAACAAAAUGACCAAGGAUCAGUACAUCAAGAUGAACCGAGGCAUCAACGACAGCAAGGACCUCCCAGAGGAGUACCUGUCCUCCAUCUACGACGAGAUCGCCGGCAAGAAGAUCGCCAUGAAGGAGAGCAGAGAGUUUUCCAUCGCUCCAAAGUCCACCAAGCAGAGCGUGGCCAGCGAGAAGCAGCGCCGCCUGCUCUACAACAUGGAGAUGGAGCAAAUGGCCAAGACCGCCAAGGCUCUGAUGGAGGCCGUCAGCCACGCACAGGCUCCCUUCUUCAGCGCCAAACACCUGGAGCACGUCAGGCCCAUGUUUAAGCUGGCAUGGACCCCGCUGCUGGCAGCCUUUAGCGUGGGCCUGCAGGACUGCGACGACCCUGAGGUGGCGUCCCUGUGCCUGGAGGGCAUCCGAUGUGCCAUCAGGAUCGCCUCCAUCUUCAGCAUGCAGCUGGAAAGAGAUGCGUACAUUCAGGCCCUGGCCAGAUUCACGCUGCUGACGGCCAGUUCCAGCAUCACCGAGAUGAAGCAGAAGAACAUCGACACCAUAAAAACGCUGAUCACCGUGGCUCACACCGAUGGGAACUACCUGGGCAACUCCUGGCACGAGAUCCUGAGGUGCAUCAGUCAGCUGGAGCUGGCCCAGCUGAUCGGCACGGGGGUGAAGACGCGCUACAUCUCAGGCGUGGUUCGAGAGCGAGAGGGGAGCAUCAGGGGCCUGCCUGCAGGAACCGAGGAGUUCAUGCCCCUGGGCUUGGGAAACCUGGUGGGGAGUCAGGAUAAGAGACAGAUGGCCCACAUCCAGGAGUCCGUAGGAGAGACCAGCUCCCAGAGCGUGGUGGUGGCCGUGGACAGGAUUUUCACCGGCUCCACCCGUCUGGAUGGAAAUGCCAUCGUGGACUUUGUCCGCUGGCUGUGUGCCGUGUCCAUGGACGAGCUGGCGUCCGCCCAUCAGCCCCGGAUGUUCAGCCUGCAGAAGAUUGUGGAGAUCUCCUACUACAACAUGAACCGCAUCAGGCUGCAGUGGUCUCGGAUUUGGCAGGUUAUAGGAGAUCACUUCAACAAGGUGGGCUGUAACCCCAACGAGGACGUCGCCAUCUUUGCCGUGGAUUCACUGAGGCAGCUCUCCAUGAAGUUCUUGGAGAAAGGAGAGCUGGCUAACUUCCGCUUCCAGAAGGACUUCCUCAGGCCCUUUGAGCACAUCAUGAAAAAGAACAGGUCUCCCACUAUCAAAGACAUGGUGAUCCGCUGUGUGGCCCAGAUGGUGAACUCCCAGGCUGCCAACAUCCGCUCCGGUUGGAAGAACAUCUUCUCUGUGUUCCACCAGGCCGCCUCCGAUCGGGACGAGACCAUCGUGGAGCUGGCUUUCCAGACUACGGGGCACAUCGUCAUGAACACGUUCCAGGAGCAUUUUGCGGCUGCCAUAGAUUCCUUCCAGGAUGCCGUUAAGUGUCUGUCAGAGUUCGUGUGCAACGCCGCCUUUCCUGACACCAGCAUGGAGGCCAUCCGCCUCAUCCGGCACUGCGCCAGAUACGUGUCUGAGCGACCGCAGGCGCUGAGGGAGUACACCAGCGACGACAUGAACGUAGCACCAGGGGACCGGGUCUGGGUUCGGGGCUGGUUCCCUAUCCUGUUUGAGCUGUCUUGUAUCAUCAACCGCUGUAAGCUGGACGUCCGCACCAGAGGUCUGACGGUGAUGUUCGAGAUCAUGAAGAGCUACGGCCACACCUUCGAGAAGCACUGGUGGCACGACCUCUUCAGGAUCGUCUUCCGCAUCUUUGACAACAUGAAGCUGCCGGAACAGCAGACCGAGAAAAUCGAGUGGAUGACCACGACGUGUAACCAUGCACUGUACGCCGUCUGCGACGUCUUCACCCAGUUCUACCAGCCCCUCAGUGAGAUUUUACUGGAGGACAUUUUCACGCAGCUGCAGUGGUGUGUGAGGCAAGAUAACGAGCAGCUGGCCCGAUCAGGGACCAACUGUCUGGAGAACCUGGUGAUCCUGAAUGGGGAGAAGUUCAGCCCAGAGGUCUGGAACGUCACCUGCUCCUGCAUGCUGGAGAUCUUCCAGAACACCAGCCCUCAUGCCUUGUUGACAUGGCGACCGACGGGACAGGAUGAUGAGGCGGCCGAGGGGAAGCACUUUGAGGCUGACUUUGACGCUCAGUCCCAGAGCAGCUAUGACAGAGCUUUGUCUGAGAGGGGACACAGCCAGAUGUCCAGCGACGACACCUGGAAGGGCAGGUCCAACGCCCGAGUCUCAGACCAGAGGCUGUUUGCUGGCCUGCUGAUUAAAUGUGUCGUACAGCUGGAACUGAUCCAGACCGUAGACAACAUCGUCUUCUACCCGGCAACCAGCAAGAAGGAGGAUGCUGACAACAUGGCUGCCGCACAGCGAGAUGUUCUGGAGCAGUCAGAGGCUGAAGGAGAAGAGGCGCCUCCAGAUCAGGGCAUGUACCGCCACAUGACGUCGGCGCACCUCUUCAAGCUGCUGGACUGCCUGCUGGAGUCGCACAACUUCGCCAAGGAGUUCAACUCCAACAACGAGCAGAGGACGGCUCUGUGGAGGGCGGGCUUUAAGGGAAAGUCCAAACCCAACCUGCUGAAGCAGGAAACCAGCAGUCUAGCCUGCAGCCUGAGGAUCUUGUUCAGGAUGUACUCCGACCCCAAGCUGCAGGACUCCUGGCCGGACAUUCAGACGCGCCUGCUGCUGGUCUGCUCUGAAGCUCUGAGCUACUUCAUCCGCCUGACCUCAGAGAGCCACAGGGAGGCCUGGAACAGCCUGCUGAUGCUGCUGCUCACCAGGACGCUACGGCUGCCCGACGACAAGUUUAAGCCCCACGCGUCCUCUUACUACCCCCACCUGUGUGAGAUGAUGCAGUUCGAUCUGAUCCCGGAGCUGCGGGCCGUCCUCAGGCGCUUCUUCCUUCGCAUCGGAUCCGUCUUCCACAUCUCCGCCCCCGAUGGGGCGCCCGCCCGGACCCCCACCUCCACAGAGAAGACGGCGGAGGCCGACGGGAGGAUCUGAGAUGAACUUGAUCAUCUGUCCUCUCUCAGACUGGAUGAGGUUUGGUUCCUUGGUUCAGGUUCUUCAUCACAUCGCUGAGCUUUUUCCCUCCUUCCUGCCCUCUGGGAUGAACAGCACUGUGACCGGCGCCCUCUGCUGGCUGUCGUCUCUCAUCGCCCCAAACAAUAAAACUAAAGAUAAUUUAUUGUUGCAGAUCCUCCAUUAAUUUCUGGGAUUUUUCUCUUUUUUGUUUCUUUUUAAUGCUUAUUAAAGAGAAUGGAAAUGAAGCAUAAAUAUGAACCGAGUGAAUCUGAAGUUUCCCUUUGGGAGAAAAAGGCUUUCUGCCAACGGUGCCUGUUUGGAAAAGUCUGAUCUGUUUCUCUGUGCUUGAAACCUCCUCCAUCCAUGGACUGAAUCUGCACCGUCAGCUUCAGACGGGAUGCUCCUCGUUUGUCGGUGAAAUUGUAUUUAUUUUGAUUAUUUGCUUUCAUUCCUUUUAUCAAAAAGAACUGCAGGUUUCCUCUAAAAGCUGAAGGAAGAAAAACUGUUUCUGUACAUUUUUAUGUUUAUUUCCUGCUUCUGCUGAAUCCAUAAGCUUCAAACUGGGAUUAACUGGUAGACGUCCAGUAAUCGCUGCAGUGAACCGCUCGCAUGUCCAUCUGUUCGUUCCAUCCGUGUUUGUUUGCUUUCAGUCCCGUUUAAAGUGCUGAGAAGACCUGAGUCAGACUGUUGGGCUUUUUUCCAGAAGGAUCUAUGGCAUAAAGUGCAUUUAGAGAUUUUCUUUGACAGCAUUCCUCCCCUCGCAGCUCUGGAUGUCUACCUUUCUUCCCUGAUUCCAGGGAGUAUAUAAAUAAAUAGAUAUAUAUGUAUGUAUAUUAUACAGUAAAGGACAAAAUGCAGACUGUAAAGUUUUCCAUGUAAGAUACUUAGAAAUGAAAACGCUGAUAUGGUUCUAUACGGGAUAUUGUGAUGUAAUCUUCCAAACAUUUGGUGAAGUAAUCAAUAAAUCGGAUUUCUGGUGA